AUGGCAUUCCAAAUCCCCUCAGUUUUAAUAAUGCUUGUAGUUAUAAUAUCACAACUGUUUCUAGCCAUUUGCCACGUCUCCACGGCAUCCAAGAAGACUUACAUCGUCCACAUGUCGAAAUCCGAUAUGCCGAUGGAAUUCCAAGACCACGAGCUCUGGUAUACCUCGUCGCUCAAGUCGGUGUCGGGCUCUGCCGAGAUGCUCUACUCGUACGACCACGCGAUUCAUGGAUUCUCGGCCACUCUCACUGAGGACGAGGCCCGAGAAAUGGAGGACCAAGCCGGUGUCCUUUCAGUCAUGCCCGACACAAGGCUCGAGCUCCACACGACCCGGACCCCGAUAUUACUGGGCCUGGCGGGCCAAUCAGAUCGCGACGACAAGUACCCGCACUUUCUCCCGGACAAGUCCCAACAGCAGAACGUGGUCAUCGGCCUCAUCGACUGCGGCAUCUGGCCCGAGAGCCCGAGCUUGGACGACACGGGCUACGGGCCGAUCCCGAGUUCCUGGCAAGGAGAAUGCGAGAACGGGAUCAAUUUCAAUGUAGCCAUGUGCAACAAGAAGCUGAUCGGGGCCAGGUCCUUCUACAAAGGCUACGAACAGGCUGCCAAACCCGUCAACUGGACGCUGGAGUCGAAAUCGCCGAGGGACGAUGAAGGCCACGGGACCCACACCACAACCACUGCAGCCGGAUCAGCCGUGAGCAACGCAAGCCUGCUCGGGUACGCCAACGGGACGGCGCGUGGGAUGGUGCCGUGGGCAAGGGUCGCCGCAUACAAGGCCUGCUGGAAGGGUGGCUGUUACAACACCGACAUACUCAAGGCCAUCGACACAGCCAUCAGCGACGGAGUCCAUGUGCUGUCCAUAUCUAUUGGGGGCCGGGAAACUAGAUAUUACGGCGACAACACCGCCAUUGGAGCAUUUGCCGCCGCAGCCAAAGGUAUCUUCGUCUCCUGCUCUGCUGGAAAUGAUGGUCCUUUCCCGUUCGGCGUCACCAAUGUGGCGCCGUGGAUAGCCACUGUCGGAGCCGGAACCAUAGAUCGAGACUUCCCGGCCUACGUCAAGCUCGACAAUGGGAAAACUUACGCAGGCAUGUCUCUCUACAGUGGUCCUUUGUUUUCAGGCUCAUUGUUCAUUGUAUAUGCUGGGAAUGUAAGUAUAGACCACAUCGCCGGCGCCUACUGUCAGAUAGGCUACCUCAUCCCGGAACUGGUUAAGGGUAAGAUUGUGGUGUGUGACCGCGGGAUAAAUGACAGAGUCGAGAAGGGCUUGGCGGUCAAGUAUGCCGGUGGGGCCGGCAUGAUUCUAGCCAACACCAAGGACAACAGAGAGGAGAUUUUGGCCGACGCUCACAUUCUUCCGGCCAUAGCUGUAGGCCAGAUUGCGGGCGAUGAGAUUAAGAAAUAUAUCUACUCCUCUCAAAAUAAUAACCUCAAGGCCACAUUCCAGUUUGGCGGGACGAGGCUCGGUGUCAAGCCGUCGCCGGUGCUUGCCGCCUUCAGCUCGAGGGGCCCGAGCACAUUCGUACCCGAGGUACUGAAACCGGACCUGAUUGCGCCAGGUGUCAACAUCCUAGCCGCCUGGCCCAGGGGCAUUAGCCCCGUGGGCCUAAGAUACGACAACCGCAAGGUCGAUUUCAACAUAAUGUCGGGAACAUCGAUGUCGUGCCCCCACGUCAGCGGCCUGGCUGCUCUGCUCAAGGCGGCCCACCCAGACUGGAGCCCCGCCGCUAUCCGCUCCGCCCUCAUGACCACGGCCAACCAGACCGACACGAGUGGCAACCCCAUGAUAGACGAGUUCACAGGAAACGCAUCCACGCCGCUUGAUUAUGGAGCCGGAUAUGUUAACCCUGUUCGAGCCCUAGACCCGGGCUUGGUCUACGAUCUGACCACGGAGGACUACUUGAAUUUCCUCUGUGCAUUAAACUACACGCCACAUUAUAUCCAGCUCGUCGCACGACAAAUAAGUUUCGCUUGCGACCCCAACAAAACGUACAGCACGACCGAGCUGAACUACCCCUCAUUCGUCGUUCUGGUACCAGCCAAUAUCAACGGUACGACGGUGAUUACACAUAAGAGAACCGUUACGAAUGUCGGAUCGAGCGGGUCGACUUAUAAGGUCUCCGUCUCUUCACCGAGCAGCUCGGUCAAGGUUUCCGCUUUCCCGACAGAACUGAGUUUCCGUAAGCCAAGUGAAACACUAUCUUAUACGUUGACGUUCGAAGUAACAGGAUCAAUGCCGCCAGACACAUAUCAGUUUGGACAAAUUAAAUGGCUCGACGAGAAACACGUUGUCGCGAGCCCAAUUGCAAUCGGUUGGACCUAA